AUGCAACGUAUGUUGCGGGUGUACGGCAUGACAUGGAGGGACGAAGAAUACAGCCCUUACGGCAACUGGACCAACAGUAGUGCGCAUGAGCUGGCUCAGAUGAUGACUUACAACGUGUCUGGCUUCGCGGAGUGUACUGGCAGCUCUGGCUCGGGCGUGUAGUAGUCAAGUUGCAGUGGAGACGAUCGGGGGUGCAGUAUAGUCUAUAAGACUACACUAUAGUCCAUAUGCUUGGUGUUGCUUCAUUAUUGAUGCAUACAUCUGGCCCUUGCGUUUGACUGCCACUUGGUGAAGGCUUGGUUGACGAUCACAAGUACAGUUGGCGCCCGUUAAGAAACAUUUUGUUAAGAAAUUUAUGCUCACAUUUUCACGAAAAAUAAGAAAAUAAUAGGGUAAAGAAACAUAGCUCAAUCUGGGUCACACAAAAAGAAAUGUCGUACCACAUAAAUAGCCCCUCCGAUAGGACUUGAGGCAAGGCGGGAAGGCUGUAUCGGGUUUCGUGCAAAGGUGCUCUCCCAUAUCGACCUCGCGACUGACACACAUCGUCUUCUCUGCUGAUCGCUGUGUAUCCAGGUGCGUAAUUUCUACGUGUUGUAUCCUUCGCCGUACUCCGUAACAUGUCCACACCACUGCUCCACACGGAGAGACCAACUAACUGCCACUCGCUGCUACUGCUGACCUUCAUGACGGAUGCUCUUCAACGGGAUUACGACAUGGUUGCGACAAGAUGUCUCGGCAAACCGCUCUGAGGAACACCAGGGAAGUUGACAACAAUGGCCACAUUGGAUGUAUAUCACUUGAACACUUUCCGUGCUCUACUGAUGAUGCUGAUUACCAACACCAAACAUACCAGGAAACCAGCUAACACGAUAUAAACUGAACGCUAUGCCCUACCUACCAUGCACCAGGUGUACCAUUCUCUUCUACUGUUAAGCAUCACUGAUACGCUACCCCAAAGGGUCAAAUAAGUUUUCUUUUUGGUUUGAAAAACGAGUGAUGUACUGCUGUAGCCUCCUUUCCAUCUUCCAUGAUUUUACAUCCAUAUUAUUUAUUUCUCCUUAAAUUCCUAAAACCAGCAAGCUGUCAAUAGACACUGCGCCGUGUCCCCUGUGAAGGUUACAUCUUACAGUACACGACACUACGGAGGGAUUCUCCCCGAUAUUUUGUCGUUGACCCAGUAGAGAACUACAGGGGAUGUAUUGUAAAAUGUAGAUUUACCUAUACAGAUGUUUUUGUGCUUAGCACCAGCUGGCAUCACUGACAAAUCAUCAGUGUAUAGACUAAUAAAGACUCGAAAUAAGUCCAGUACCCAGCCGGUUUUCCUCCACUUACUGAAAAGACUCCACCACAUCCCGUUCGACUGUGGGUAUAUCUCGAAUGGGUAGUCUUCCUGUGCGUGUAUUUAUUUCUCCUUAAUUAAAUGUCUCAGUAAGAAACACAGUGGCGAACGUUGCCCUACUACAUAAGAAACGAGGGUUUACGGGGGAGUGGGUCGAAUAAUAAACAAACCCCACAGCUCUCUCGCUCUUUCCCCCUCUCCGCCGACCCCCCCCUUCCCAAAGUGAGGCGUGGGGUUCUCGUGAAACUGGGGUUGGGUUGGUUCGGAGGGGUAAUUAGUCGCAGAUCUCACCCCGCUUCGCGGCAGGAGUACAACGUACUAGCGCGUCAUCCUCCACUGUGACGAAAGCACGCGUAGCAUGAAGAUACAGUUGGAGUCGUACAGCACGGAUGAAGACGUCGCAAUUGGGGCGUGGGUUCUCCUAGAGGUAGACCCAAAGGAAGGGAGCGGGAGGCGCAAAAGGGUGAGACAACCCCCAAUGUUCGCCUCACGGCGGAGCUUGCAACAUAAUGACGGGGUAGCUUUCGUUGUUGGCACGUCAGCGUGCGGGUGAGGCAUCAUGCGGUAUUUGUGCAUUUGUUUAGUUUCAGCCCUCACUCAUGAGGGGGGUACAGGACCUUGUAGCGAUAGCGAGACGUUGCCGCUGGAUACAUUUCGCUUCUAGGGAGUGGCCUUACGUGCAGCCGUCGGUAGUGAGAAUCGGGGUUGAGUACGGGGGUCGAGGAAAGCAGUGCAAAUCAUUUGUAUAUUUGGAACGUUGUGUAGUAUGCAAGCAGAGAAAUAAGAAAUUGCCGAUGAAAGAAAUUCAGACCUCGAACCAGUCAACGCCAAUGAUAUGGGGAUGAAGUAAGUGUAGACGCAUCGUAGAACGCGUUUUCGUUUGAAGUUGGCGUCUUGUUUGAGAGUAGAUGUGACAGAUGUGCGUAGAAUAGGGUAAGAUGUUAUCAUGAACGGAGAAGAAAGGGCGUUUCCAACACGGAGAUGUAGCAUGGAUCAAAGCGUUUGUUGGAUUUCAGCUUUUACAAGAGGACAUGAACGCAGUAGUGUUUUAGCAAGCUUACGAACGCAUAUAGGAUACCAUGAGGAUUGUUA